GAGGCUCCACCUACCUCUGUUUCUGCACAACAGGUUCAGCAGCUCCAUUCUUCCCCAGAGAGCCACUCCAUCAGAGGGUGGCUGCGUGCCCACUUACAAGGGGACAAGGCUGAGGAUGGGGAGAACCCUGGGGACACAAAAGACCGUGCCUCGCCCAGAUGUCCUGCCUGUAGGCCUGAAGGACUUGCCUUGACGGAGUCUCAACAGCUGCCGGUGAUUCCUAUUUCAACCCCUCGGUGUGAACAGCUCCUCAACAUGAACUACAGUCUCCACUUGGCCUUCGUGUGUCUGAUUCUCUUCACUGAAAGGAUGUGCAUCCAGGGGAAUCAGUUCAACGUCGAGGUUGGCAGAAGUGACAAGCUUUCCCUGCCUGGCUUUGAGAACCUCACAGCAGGAUAUAACAAAUUUCUCAGGCCCAAUUUUGGUGGAGAACCAGUUCAGAUAGCGCUGACUCUGGACGUUGCAAGUAUCUCCAGCAUUUCAGAGAGUAACAUGGACUACACAGCCACCAUAUACCUCCGACAGCGCUGGACGGACCAGCGGCUGCUGUUUGAAGGCAACAAGAGCUUCACUCUGGAUGCUCGCCUCGUGGAGUUCCUCUGGGUGCCAGACACUUACAUUGUGGAGUCCAAGAAGUCCUUUCUCCAUGAAGUCACUGUGGGAAACAGGCUUAUCCGCCUCUUCUCCAAUGGCACGGUCCUUUAUGCCCUCAGGAUCACAACAACUGUUGCAUGUAAUAUGGAUCUGUCUAAAUACCCCAUGGACACACAGACAUGCAAGUUGCAGCUGGAAAGCUGGGGCUAUGAUGGAAAUGACGUCGAGUUUACCUGGCUGAGAGGGAACGACUCUGUGCGUGGGCUGGAACACCUGCGGCUUGCUCAGUACACCAUACAGCGGUAUUUCACCUUAGUCACCAGAUCGCAGCAGGAGACAGGAAAUUACACUAGAUUGGUCUUACAAUUUGAGCUUCGGAGGAAUGUUCUGUAUUUCAUUUUGGAAACCUACGUUCCUUCCACUUUCCUGGUGGUGUUGUCCUGGGUUUCAUUUUGGAUCUCCCUCGAUUCAGUGCCUGCAAGAACCUGCAUUGGAGUGACGACCGUGUUAUCAAUGACCACACUGAUGAUCGGGUCCCGCACUUCUCUUCCCAACACCAACUGCUUCAUAAAGGCCAUCGAUGUGUACCUGGGGAUCUGCUUUAGCUUUGUGUUUGGGGCCUUGCUGGAAUACGCAGUUGCUCACUACACUUCCUUACAGCAGAUGGCAGCCAAAGAUAGGGGGACAACGAAGGCAGUGGAAGAAGUCAGUAUUACUAACAUCAUCAACAGCUCCAUCUCCAGCUUUAAACGAAAGAUCAGCUUUGCCAGCAUUGAAAUUUCCAGCGACAAGGUUGACUACAGUGACUUGACAAUGAAAACCAGAGACAAGUUCAAGUUUGUCUUCCGAGAAAAGAUGGGCAGAAUCGUUGAUUAUUUCACAAUUCAAAAUCCCAGUAAUGUUGAUCGGUAUUCCAAACUACUGUUCCCUUUGAUUUUUAUGCUAGCCAAUGUAUUUUACUGGGCAUACUACAUGUAUUUUUGAGUUGAUGGUAAAUUUCUUGCAUGCAAUAGGUCUUCAACAGGACAAGAUAAUGAUGUAAAUGGUAUUCUAGGCCAAGUGUGCACCCACAUUCAAUGGUGCUACUAAAAUAAUAUUUUGGCCUUUCUGUUCAAAGGAUGGACCCCCAACCAUUGUUCUAAGCUGUGUAGAAGUCCUAGCAUUACAGGAUCUUGUAAUAGAAACAUCAGUCCAUUCCUCUUUCGUUUUAACCAAAGACAUCCCCAUGGAGCCCAAGAUUACAAAUGUACUCAGGGCUAUUUACUCGGUGGCUCCCUGGUUUGCAUUUACCUCAUAUAAAGACUGGAAAGGAGACCAUUGGGUAACCCUCAAGUGUCAAAAGUUGUUUCUAAAGUAAUCAUACAUGUUAUUUACUAAAUAUCUGCAGUGCUUGUAAAAUACAUGGUUACCUAUUUAGGGAGUAACAUUUUC